GCUUGCUCUGCUGAGCUGUGAACAGUGAGAUUUUUCUGGGCUAAAAUUAGACUAAAACCACAGUCCUUCCUCCAGCAGCACCAGUCCUUUAGUGGCUGCAUCAGUGAAACACGGGCUGCUGGUUUUGCUGUUUUGUUUGGGGUCAGCCUUGCUGCCAGUGGCGUGGUCGUUGCCUGCCAGGUGCUUCCACACGUGGGUUUGGAGUAGGAGCCAUCCCAUCACCUUCCAGGUGUUCAGAGCCCCAAACCCUCAGCUGCUAUCACAGUUUUCCAGACCUGCAUCUCCUGUCCAGUUCUGUGUGCCUCAGUCUCUGGGCUCCCCCAGGAAGCCCCAGCCCAGCGGGGCUGAUCUGAGCCUGGAGGGAGCUUUGAGCACACACCAGCUCCUGCUGGCUUUGGUGAUGAAACCAGCCCCACUCCUGAUGACAUUUCCUUUCCAGCUGUUGCAAGAGGUCUGUCUUUGACACCACUGCAGGGAACAUCGACCCACAGCCUUCCAGCUCAGGACUGAACAGAGGGAGAAGGGAAAGGAGCCAUGUUCCAGGCCACGGGAGCCGCCAGCCCAGCCCCAGCUCAUGAGGCCAAAACCAGCUCAGGAGGCAGCACAGUGCAGCGCUCCAAGUCCUUCAGCCUGAAGGCGCAGGUGAAGGAGAUGUGCACUGCCUGCCAGAAAGCCGUGUAUCCCAUGGAGCGCCUGGUGGCCGAUAAAUUCGUCUUCCACAACUCCUGCUUCUGCUGCAAGCACUGCCACACCAAGCUCAGCCUGGGCAGCUACGCCGCGCUCCACGGGGAAUUCUACUGCAAGCCCCACUUCCAGCAGCUCUUCAAGAGUAAAGGCAACUACGACGAAGGCUUCGGGCGCAAGCAGCACAAGGAGCUGUGGGUGCACAAGGAGGUGGAGAGCGGGACCAAGUCGGCGUGAGCGGGGCCAGCCCCGCUCUGGAGCCCCGCGGAGCCGCAGGAGCUGAGCUGGGUGAACUGAGCUGAUGUAGAGCAGGACCUGGGGCAGGGACAGGGGGAGCCCCCUCUUUGGAGGGUGCUCAGAGGGGUCCUGCAGGCUGUAAGGACAGGGCAGAGGUGAGCAGGGUGCAGCCCCCAGACCUGAAGCCCUCUCUCUGCAGGCCCCUCUCCCCAGUGAGAUCAGAGCAGAAGCAAUGCCCCCCGUGGGACCCCCAGCCCUGUCACCAUGGAAAAGGGAUGAGCUGGGGGCUUAUCCAGCCUGUGAGCCACUGCAGAGCUCCCAGCCCUGCCAGCCCUGCAUUGCUGGGGCUCUGGCUGAGGAGGGUCCUUGGUUUACAUCAGCUCAGUUCAGCUGGGAUGGUUCAGCCUUAAGGAUGUUGCCCUGCCACGGUUUCAGUGUCUGUUUUUUAUAUUUGCCUUCCACUGGUACGUUCUGCGCUGGAGCCUCGCGGCAGCUUCACCUGCUCGCCUUUAUUUUUGUAAUACAAGGUUUCCCAGCC